AUGGGCACCAGUGAGGAUGCCGUUUCUGCAGCUAAAGGGAGAAAAAGAACUUUGCCGUGGGAUGAAGUAUUUGAUAAGCACGCGCGGGUAGGUGUACAAAUGUGCGCUGCGAUUGGGGAAGACAUGGACAGCACUGCAGCAAUUGGCCGUGGGACACGUGCGGAGCUCGCGGAGCGCGUGGUGACACCACAACAGAACGCACACAAAGAAGGACGACUCCAAAGCAGCGACACAGUGUGCAACAUCCUGUCCUUCAUGCCAUUCUCCCAAAGAUGGAGCUGCAGAUUGUUAAGUAGAUCCUUCUACCAAGCCUUUCACACAAAAUAUGCAUGGGAUCAUAUAGAUGUACGGUUCCUAGAUGUGGACAUUUUUAAGUUUAAUUUUUUGAACACAUUCCACAAACAUUUUGUGAAUACCUUGUCCUUGUUUUUAUCAAUUCAUGAAAACACACGUGCAGAGCCUACCAUUAAUCUCGCCUUCAAGAAUUUCCCACGCUUAACAGAUCUGCGUCUAUACUGUAGAAAAAAAAAUAACAAUUAUAUUUUUGAGGGGGUCCAUCCCAUGGUCUCCAGUCUGUUAAGCGGGAAGGCGACCAUGCCGCAGAAGGAAGACGUCUCGAACGAUACACAUGAGCAUGCUGAUGAUAGUGCCCAUGGAAUGACUUCUCCGCUGGACAGCGCUGCUAACCAGUGCAGCCAGUCUCCCGUGGACCUCUCCGAUUGGGACUUUGAGUUCAGCGACCUUUUUUUGUACAAUCGGUACUACGGACAUGGGCAAGCAGACAGUCAAAAUGGAAGGUAUAAUCAUGGACAGGAGGAUGGUGAGGGCAUCGCUCACGAGGUAGACGACCCCCCGGAUAACCUUCACGCAAUUGCGGCCCGCUCACAUAUAUGGAAACAGCAACGGCUUCAUUUGGCGAAUCAGUUUGAGCACCUAGAACGGCUGGUGUUGGACGUAAAAGUAAGAGGAGAUGAACUUCUCCCCUUCGUUGGAAAAAUGACGAACCUAAAGGAUAUAAUCCUGAGCAAACUUUUAUACACCGACAAGCUAAACAGAGCUCAGUGCAUAACCAUAUUUACAUGCUUCAUUGAGCAGAUAAAAAAAAAUAAUAUUCGAGUGUUGCAACUUGGGUUGUUCUUCACUCGAGAGUACAAACCCACUGACUACCUGGACAAUGAGCUAUUUCGCAAACUUGUAAAGGGCAGGACGCAACUGACUUCCAAUGCAGAUAAGGAGGAGGGCGACGACCUUAUACACGUGCUGCACAAGAACCACUUGCAUUCGCUGUACUGCCUCUGGAGCAACGACCUCUUCAUCUCGUUCGACAUGUACGAGCGGAUUCGGACCUUCAGCAACCUGAAGGUAUGGAUCCUGCCCGGCUGGCGCGCGCUCUCCCUCGUGAAGCAGUGA